AUGGCUAGUAAAUGCCAACUUUGUCAAGAAAUUUUUUCUUCUCAAAAAAAUCAUCAAAUUACAUUUUAUCAGGACGCGUUUAUAGUUCUUAUUAAAAAGCGUCUUGGUUUUAAUAGGCACUCAGUAGGCGCAAAACAAGUUUCUAUUAACGCCUUUCCAGAAAAUAUAUUUGGCGAAGCUGGUGAACAAAGAUUAAAGCAAUUAAUGAAUUAUGAUUAUUGGCAUAUUCAGCAAGAUCCAAAAUUAAAAACUAUUGGCUAUGUUUUAUUUAUAGAUCAUGAGAGCUCUUAUAGUGUCAAUUUUAGUUGGUCGCAGUCAGAAUUAAAAGAGAAUGGUCAUAUUUUUCAAUGUGGUACUGUCACUUGUAAAUUCAUAGCAGAUUCAGGAGAAUUUUCUGAACAGUAA